CAGUAAAGAUUUUACUCAAAAGCACCAUUUCAAAGCACACAUGAGAAGACACACUGGAGAACAACCUUUUUCCUGCUCAGAAUGUGGUAAAAGUUUUGUAAUAAAUCAAAGUUUAAAAGUACACAUGAGAACACACACUAGAGAAAAACCUUUUUCCUGCUCAGAAUGUGGUCAAAGUUUUGUGAUGAAUCAUCAUUUAAAAGUACACAUGAGAACACACACUGGAGAAAAACCUGUUGCAUGUUCAAUAUGCGGUAAAGGUCUUACUCAUAGGCAACAUUUGAAAAUACACAUGAGAAUACACACUGGAGAAAAACCUUUUUCCUGCUCAGAAUGUGGUAAAAGUUUUGUAAUAAAUCAAAGUUUAAAAGAACACAUGAGAAUACACACUGGAGAAAAACCUUUUUCCUGCUCAGAAUGUGGUAAAAGUUUUGCAAUAAAUCAAAGUUUAAAAGUACACAUGAGAACACACACUGGUGAAAAACCUUUUUCCUGCUCAGAAUGUGGUAAAAGUUUUGCAGUAAAUCAAAAUUUAAAAGUACACAUGAGAACGCACUCUGGUAAAAAACCAUACUCCUGUAUAAGCUGCAACAAAAGUUUUCGUUACCUAAACACUCUUAGAGCACACAGGAGAAGACACCCAGGAGAGAAAGUGUUGAGUUGCAGUGUGUGUGGUGAAAGAUUGUCUUCUAAGUACCAGUGUUAGAAACACAGGUGUGCUGGUGAGAACAGCAGCAGCAAAUGAAGAUGCAGGAUCUGAAAUAAACUUUAACUUUGACUUUCUAACAACAUCAGCACAUAUAACAUGUGUGACAUCAUUGUUGUGUGUGUAACACAAUCUUGUUAAUAUGAUUCUAACAUUUAUAGAUUAGACACUUCAGAUUAGUGCUUUUAUUUCAGUCAAGUACAUGAAUUAAUAUACACAUUUGUGUACUUUAAAAUGAACAGAACAAUUGGACUGAAAAGGUGAGAAUAAACAGUACAUAAAAUAUGUUACUUAUUGAUUGAUUGAUUGAUUGAGACUUGUAUUAGUAGAUUGCACAGUACAGCACAUAUUCCGUACAAUUGACCACUAAAUGGUAACACCCCAAUAAGUUUUUCAACUUGUUUAAGUUGGGGUCCCAGAAAUCAAUUAAUGGUAAACAGUAAACAUUUUAUGUGUAGAUAUUCAUAAUUCACUUUUAUACUUAUUCAUAAUAGUGUUUUAUAUAUGUUUUUUGAAAUAAUGAAGUGUUGCAUAUUUUAUUUUCUAAUUGUAGAUGAUUCCAUAGAUGAACUCCUUUAUAUGAUAUACAUAUUUGUUUUACAUGUGUUCAUACCUUUGCUUUUGAGUACUCAUAAAUCCCUCUUAGUUCAUAUGUACUGGUUCACAUCUGAAACAUCUUCUGGACCACUUCUGGAAGCAUAUUAUUAUUUACUUUAUACAUCAUUUGAACAGUUGUCUUUUAUACAAUUUAAAAAUGUGUGACUUUAUGAAUCAU